GUGAUAAUAUCAAAUGUAUUACUAAAAAUAUUAGUAUAAAAAGGCUAAUGCUAAAUUUUGAAGAAGUGGCAAAAGAAUUUAGUAAAGCUAGUACCCAGCAUAAUGUUGAGACACGAAUAUUACAAGCAUAG